UCUCCUACCUCACGCAGGGACGUUUGGGUGCUGCAGCGUCUUUUUGCGAGUUUUUUUUCCUAACAAAAGUGCCGCGAGCGAGAGGGAACAAUGUUGAGCUCCUGACUAAAACUGAAUGGAUUAGCAAUCUAUUCUGAGCACUAAUGAGAUUAGAGUGUCGUCGCAGGCAUGGGUCGCAGCGGCAUGGUGCCUUUUGUUGAGGUCCUUUGGGAGUGUUUUCCCUGUCAGUUCUUCAGCGCUGGAAAUGGCGCUCUGAUGCUGAACGAGGAAGACGCAGCUGAGGCGGAUGCCAGGGAAUAGAAAUUACAUGGUCACCUAUGCUGGUCUGUCUGUGGUGUGGAUUCGUAGUAGCGGUGGACAAAAUGAAAUAUCAGAAAUACAUUACUGUCAUGCAGAUGGCUUGGGGAGUGACUGCCUCAAACAAAGAGAAUUGCCUUCCUCCUAGGAGACGGAUGUGGGUGACUCCCAGCUCUGAUGCCUCCACUGCUGCUGCCUCUUCUGUGAGCCUGAGUCAGGGCAAGCCUUCUCUGCGUCGGAUCAAGGGCCGAAUUCACAGGAGCAAGAGCCUGGACAGUAUCGACCUGCUCGACUCCAAUAGUGCAGCGAUGGAGGAGACUGUAAUAUGGGAACAGCACACAGUGACUCUUCACAGGGCUCCAGGGUUCGGGUUCGGGAUAGCCAUUUCGGGAGGUCGGGAUAACCCUCAUUUUCAGAGUGGAGAGACCUCCAUCGUCAUAUCUGACGUCCUGAAAGGAGGCCCAGCUGAGGGACUGCUGCAGGAAAAUGACCGAGUUGUGAUGGUCAACGCUGUUUCCAUGGAUAACGUGGAGCAUGCGUACGCUGUGCAGCAGCUUCGGAAAAGCGGAAAGAACGCAAAAAUUACGAUCAGGCGGAAACGGAAGGUACAGAUUCCGGUCGCCCGGGGCGGGGAGAGGGAGACGAUGUCGGAGCAUGAGGAAGAAGAGGACAGCUACGACGAAGAGAUGGAUGAAGAGCAAAGCGGGCCCAGCGCCUACGGCGGUGGAGCCGCGUCCGGCGGCCGUCGGAAAGAACGGAGCACCAACCGGCGGGACCGCAGCGCCUCCCGGGACAGAAGCCUCUCACCCCGCUCCGUUGCAUCCAACCUGCCUCCCCGUCCCGCCAAAGUCACCCUGGUCAAGUCCCGCAAGAACGAAGAAUAUGGGCUGCGCUUGGCCAGCCACAUCUUCGUGAAAGACAUCUCCCCCGAGAGCCUGGCAGCGCGGGACGGCAACAUCCAGGAGGGAGACGUGGUGCUGAAGAUCAAUGGCACAGUCACAGAGAACCUGUCCUUGAUAGAUGCUAAGAAGCUUAUCGAGAGGUCAAAGGGCAAGCUGAAGAUGGUGGUACAGAGAGACGAGAGGGCGACGCUGCUCAACAUCCCCGAUUUGGACGACAGCAUCCCCUCCGGAAACGCCUCUGAACGAGACGACAUCUCAGAAAUUCAUUCACUGGCAUCCGACCAUUCCAAUCGAUCACAUGACAGAAACCGCGGCGGUCGGUCGCGGUCCCCCGACAGGCGGUCCGAACCUUCUGACCAUUCCAGGCAGUCUCCACAGCAAGUCAGCAACGGCAGCCACAGAAGUCGCGAGGAGGAGAGGAUUUCAAAACCAGGGGCAGUUUCGACUCCUGUUAAAUUAUCCGAGGAAGCACUAACCUCCAAGCCAGCUGAGCAGCCUGGGGCCAAAGAGGAAAAACAGGUCCCCCCAUUGCCAGAGCCCAAGCCAGUGUAUGCCCAGCCCGGCCAGCCUGAUGUGGACCUGCCUGUGAGUCCUUCCGAUGCCCCUGUGCCUACUGCUGCCCACGAUGACAGCAUUCUCAGGCCAAGUAUGAAGCUGGUGAAGUUUAAGAAAGGCGAGAGCGUGGGACUGCGUCUGGCUGGGGGGAACGAUGUGGGCAUCUUUGUGGCGGGAGUUCUGGAGGACAGCCCCGCUGCCAAGGAGGGCCUGGAGGAGGGAGACCAGAUUCUCAGGGUAAACAAUGUCGACUUUGCAAAUAUAAUUCGAGAAGAGGCAGUGCUGUUCCUCCUUGAUCUUCCUAAAGGCGAAGAGGUCACCAUCCUGGCCCAGAAGAAGAAGGAUGUGUACCGGCGGAUUGUGGAGUCGGACGUGGGCGACUCGUUCUACAUCCGGACCCACUUUGAGUACGAGAAGGAGUCUCCCUACGGCCUGAGCUUCAACAAGGGCGAGGUGUUUCGCGUGGUGGACACCCUUUACAACGGCAAGCUUGGCUCCUGGCUGGCCAUCCGCAUCGGCAAGAACCACCAGGAGGUGGAGAGAGGGAUCAUUCCCAACAAGAACAGAGCAGAGCAGUUGUCCAGCGUACAGUACACUCUGCCCAAAACAGCGGGGGGUGACCGUGCAGACUUCUGGAGGUUCCGUGGCCUGCGCAGCUCCAAGAGGAACCUGCGGAAGAGCCGGGAGGACCUCUCUGCCCAGCCGGUCCAGACCAAGUUCCCCGCCUACGAGAGGGUGGUGCUGAGAGAGGCUGGCUUCCUGAGGCCUGUGGUGAUCUUCGGGCCCAUCGCUGACGUGGCGCGGGAGAAGGUGGCCAGAGAGGAGCCGGACCUGUUUGAGCUUGCCAAGAGUGAACCCCGAGACGCCGGGACGGACCAGCGCAGCUCCGGAAUCAUCCGGCUCCACACCAUCAAACAGAUCAUCGAUCGGGAUAAGCAUGCAGUGCUGGACAUCACCCCCAACGCUGUGGACCGGCUGAACUACGCGCAGUGGUACCCCAUCGUGGUAUUCCUGAACCCCGACAGCAAGCAGGGGGUGAAGAACAUGAGGACGCGGCUGUGCCCCGAGUCCAGGAAGAGCGCGCGGAAGCUGUAUGAGCGCGCUCUGAAACUAAGGAAAAACAACCACCACCUCUUCACCACCACUAUCAACAUGAACAGCAUGAAUGACGGGUGGUAUGGGGCUCUGAAGGAGACCAUCCAGCAGCAGCAGAACCAGCUGGUGUGGGUCUCAGAGGGCAAGGCGGACGGCGCCCCCGAGGAUGACCUGGACCUCCACGACGACCGCCUGUCGUACCUGUCGGCGCCGGGCAGCGAGUACUCCAUGUACAGCACGGACAGCCGGCACACCUCGGACUACGAGGACACGGACACGGAGGGGGGCGCCUACACCGACCAGGAGCUGGACGAGACGCUCAAUGACGAGGUCGGCCUGCCCAGCGAGCCUGCCAUCACCCGCUCCUCAGAGCCUGUGCGUGAAGACCCGCCUGUCAUCCAGGACGCCCCGGGGUACGCUGCAUACCCCCACGCUGUGCAGCCCGAGCCCCUGAACCGGAUCGACCCUGCCGGGUUCAAGACUCCUGCACCUCAACAGGCAGCAGAGGCUGCUCCCACCAUGCCCUGCCUCCCACAGCAGCCCGAGCCCCAGGCUGAGACAGCGCCCCCUGCUGUCGACCUCCCUGUUCAUGACCCUGGGGAGACCCCUGAGGAGGCUCCUGCAGCUCCCCAGGGCGACCCCAGCCCCGAGCCUGACUCGGUUAGGAGACCCACCCCCGAGCUAGCCCCGCCCCUGACACACGAACCCCUCCCGUCCGGACCACCCGAUUCAGAACCCCAGAUUUACAAGAAGGAUCUGUACAGCAUGGAGGAACCUGUGAGACAGCAUGGGCUAAACCAGCAGCCCCCAGCGGUUGGGCCGCCCCUCACCUACGAACCCCAGCCCCCAUACCAAGGCGAACAGCCGUACAGAGAUUACGACCACCCCCCCUAUCACUACGAGGGGGGCAGCAACUACCUGGAACCAAAGUCUCACAGCUACGACCCGCACCUGCACUACGAGAACCGCGUGCCUCACUACGAAGAAGAGUGGCCCCCUUAUGACCAACGGACCUCGCCCCAGCCGCCCGGUUACCAGCCGGCCCGCCCGCCCUUUGAGAACCAGCACCCCCCGGGCUACGACCCACGGCUUCCCUACGACGGCAGGCCUGAGCGGGACUACAGCCCCCCGCAGCCUCGCUACGACGAAGCGCCCAUGGGCUACGACACUCGGCCACGCUACGAGCCGCCGCCCAAGAGCUAUGGAAAGCCAGGGCCGGUGCGUUACGACGAGCCUCCCCCACCCCCCUCGGGAGGGUACGACACGCGUCCUCGCUACGAGCCGGACGCCCACGCCUACCCACCGGUUGCGGCACGCUCCCCAGAGCCCCCCAAGCAGUACUACACCGAGCCUCCGUCACGGCCUACCUACAACCAAGCGCCCCAGAACCGCGCCUACAAACCAGGACAGUACGAGCCCAUUGGGAACUCGGAUGCCCCCUUGCCCCCUCCCAAACCAGAGUCUCUUCCGUUCCCUCUAGACUCUGCAGUCAACAUGCCCGCUAAACCCCUGCCCCCACCCCCUAGGGAGGAGCCAGAGGAUGAUCCCGCCAUGAAGCCGCAGUCGGUGCUGACAAGGGUCAAGAUGUUUGAGAACAAGCGCUCGGUGUCGAUGGACAGGGGCAAAGAGGCAGGUGACUCUGCUGGGCUUCGGCCAGUGGAUCUGCCCCCCAAACCUGUCAUUGUCCCUGGCCCUGUCCCCAAAGCCAACUCUCUGAGCCAUCUGGACCAGGAGAAGGCUGCUUACAGAGCACCUGAGCCCCAGCGGCCCAAAGCGGCUGAGGACAUUGUGCGCGCCAACCACUACGACCCAGAUGAGGAUGAGGAGUACUACAGGAAGCAACUGUCCUACUUCGACCGGCGCAGUUUCGACAAUAAGCCCGCCCCCCAGCCCAAGCCUGCAGUGACCCAGCCUGUGCAAAACUACCCCAGGGUGGAGUCGGUGGAGAAUACGAGCCCAAUGGAGAAAAAAUACGAGCCUGUGCCUCAGAUCACCCCACCCCCUGUGCAGUACGGCCAGCCCAGCCCUGUGGCCCCGCCUGCCACACUGCCCAAACCCGUCACCCCUGAAUUGAACCCCCUGCCUGAUCCUCUUGGCUCCCCGAAAGCCAAGCCUGACCUGUCGGGGCUGAGGCCUGCUAACAGAGAAGACACAGUCCAGAGCAACUACCUGCCCCAGAAAAGUUUCCCAGAGAAGUCUCCGGUCAACGGCACUGACCCAGCCCCUAAGCCCCUGGGUGUGCCGGCUGCCUCCAGCUACAACCGCUACGUCCCCAAGCCAUACACCACCUCGGCUCGGCCCUUUGAGCGUAAAUUUGAGAGCCCCAAGUUCAACCACAACCUGCUGCCCAAUGACACGCAGCCAAAGGCGGACCCUGUCCUUAAGCCUGUCGGCGGAGUGCAGCCUCCCAGUCUGGCCAAUAGCAAGCCCCAGAUCUCUCCUCAGCCGGCUGAGCUGGACAGUGGACUGGAUACCUUCACACGCACCAUAGACAACAGACCCAAAUACCAGCACAACAACAUCAACGCUGUCCCCAAGGCCAUCCCAGUCAGCCCGAGCGCACUGGAGGAUGAUGAGGAGGAUGAGGGGCACACAGUGGUGGCCACAGCCCGGGGCAUCUUCAACAGCAACGGUGGCGUGCUGAGCUCCAUAGAGACGGGCGUGAGCAUCAUCAUCCCCCAGGGGGCCAUCCCUGAGGGCGUGGAGCAGGAGAUCUAUUUCAAGGUCUGCAGGGACAACAGCAUCCUUCCGCCCCUCGACAAGGAGAAGGGAGAAACUCUGCUCAGCCCGCUGGUCAUGUGCGGCCCUCACGGCCUGAAGUUCCAGAAGCCUGUGGAGCUGCGCCUACCUCACUGUGCGUCUAUGACCCCCGACGGUUGGUCUUUUGCUCUAAAAUCCUCCGACUCCUCGUCGGGUGAUCCCAAGAGCUGGCAGAACAAAUCUCUCCCUGGAGACCCCAACUACCUGGUGGGCGCAAACUGUGUGUCCGUGCUCAUCGACCACUUCUGAAGAGGGAAACAGCUGGUCUGUUACUGAAUGUGAAAGUGGGGAUCCCUCCCCUCCCCAAGGCCCAGGGACCGCACCAUUCAAUGAAGUAUUAAACCUCCGUUGUCUGACAACGUUUACUUAUACCCACAAAUAUUGCAAGAGGAACGAAGGAGGCUGAUAUUCUAAGUGCUGUUCUUUUUUUCUUUUUUUAUGCGCUUAAAGGCUUGCAAAAAUGAUGAAAAUAAAAACUCUUGAACCAUUUUUGGAAUGCAUGCCCAGUGCCACUGACUGAUGAAUCUCAUUUUUAGCCAAGUUUUCCUACUGACCACUGACUAAAAAAACUGCUUUCUGACAAUUUUCCAUUCAUCACAAAUCAGAAAGAUAUUUAAAAGGAGCAAUGGAAUACACACACACACACACACACACACACACACACACGCACAUGCACACACUAACAACAUAUUAGUAAUGCUGACAACAUUGCAUAGCAUUCUUUUUUUUCCAUUAGUAGCACAGGUGAGGACUGUGGUCAUGUUUAUAUUCUUUUUUUUGCGGAUUUGUGAAGGUUUGGGAAUGCUUUGCCUGAAAGUUGGCAGAUGAAGAUGGCAAGCAUUUUGAAGACUUGAAGAUGAAGUAUUGUGAACAGAUUUCCUUAUCCAGCUCAUACCUCCAACUAGGUCUCUUUUCUUAUAAUUACUUUCAAAAAAUAUUUUACCUUAUUAAUAAGCAGACUGACUUGACCUUAUUUCUAUCAUCACAACUCCUGCUGUCUCGAGAUCUAUGCAUGUGCUAUGACUCAGGUCCUGAAACCUGCUCAGUCCAAUACACAUUAAAAUCUCCAUCUUACACUAACAAGCAGUGAUGCCUUAUCUGCAUAUUAUUCACUAUUUUCAGUACUUAAAAUACUUUUUUUAAGUUAUGAUAAAUUAUGAAAACAAAAAUGAAGAGGUGUCUUUUGCCAUUUUGUGAAACCCACUGUAUAAAUGAACUUGGGGUUAGCACACAAGAAUAAUCAAGGCUGAGGAAAUGGUUUGUUUUCUUUUUCUGCUAUGCAUAUGAAAUAAAAAGAAAAGGAUAAACAAGUGUUGAAAAUGUGGCUGUACAUAAUGCUAGCAUAUAUGGCCUUGGUUCUUGGUUUGUAAAUGAACUUUUGUAUGUCUUUGUUAUUUUGUAUAAAACUAAACUGAGAAAAAAAAGUUUCUAAAAAAA